GAUCACGGAAAGAGCCAAAGAUGUCAGCUCGGUCAUGUGAUCAGCUGUGUCCAAUCACAGCUGAUCACAUGGCACUGAUGAUCAGUGUAGCCCCAGCAGUGCCAACUAUCAGUGCCUUGUGUCAGUGCUCAUCAGUGCCUUAUGUCAGUGCUCAUCAGUGCCUCGUGCCAGUGCCCAUCAGUGCCACAUAUCAGUGCCUACCAGUGCACAUCAAUGCCACAUAUCAGUGCCCACCUGAGCUGCCUUUCAGUGUCACCCAUCAGUGCCAGUCUAGUGCCACCUAUCAAUGCCAAAUUACUGCCACCUAUCAGUGCUGCCAAUCAGUGCCACCUAUUAGUGCCAGUCAGUGCUGCCUAUCAGUGCUGCCUAUCAGUGUGCAUCAGUGCCGCUGCCUAAUUAGUGCCAGUCAGUGCUGCCUAUCAGUGCUGCCUAUCAGUGCCAUGUAUCAG